CCGCGGCUGCGACGAAUGACUGCGCAUAGGUAUCUCUGAGAUCCAGAGCUAGCUUCCAGCGAGAUGUGGAGCGAAGAAAAGAAGAUUCUGUGCCACGAGGCCAUUCUUGAGGUGGGGGAGGGGCUGCGGUGUAUGAGAGAGGCGGAGGUGGAGCAAGAACGGCAGAAGGCCAUCCGCUCCACGGAGGAGGUGGUGAGGAGAGAGGAGACCCAGAGGAGGGAUAGAGAACUGGAGGAGGCACGGCAACAGUGGAAGAGAGAGAGACAGCAGCUGUUCGUCGAGGCCCACCAGAGCCAACUUAGAGCCGUAGCCAAACAUGCAGCGAGUCUGGAGAAGGAGCUGAGGAGAGAGUUCGCAGAUAGGACGAGGAAAAUGGUGGCAGAGCACGAAGCUGCGCUGGAGGCGGCCGUGAAGAGCGCGUGGGAGGAGGCUGGGAGAGCGAGGGAAGCGGCAGUCGAGGAGGCCAGGUUGGAAGAGAAAGGGAGAGCCAAAGCAGACGCUGAGAGGGUGAUGGAGGAAGUAGCCGAAGAGCGACGCGCAGGGAAACGUCGAGCAGAGCUGGAAAAGGCCAGAGAGCUUGAGGUGCAGUUUGUCCAACUGAAAGAAGAGAGAGAAAAGGCCCUGGAGGAGCAGCGGCGUGAACUGACGGAGGAAAUGGACCGUAGAUUGGCAGUCGCGGGGAAGGAGUGCGAGGAGAAAUGCUCCAGACUGCGGGAACAGUGCGAGGCAGAAGCGGCGGCCACUCGAGGGGUCCAGGAGGAGCUGGUGAAGAUGACGGAGCUCAAGACAGACUGGGAGGAGAGGUACACCAGACUCCGGGCUGAGUUCACUGACUUUAUCGACAAGAUCCCUGGCUUCAAUGCAGAGUACUUGCUCAAAUAACACUACCAGUUGAAGUAUAACUACUUUCCCUAGACACUUUCAUAAUAGUGAACAGGACCAAAUGAACCAGCUGUUGUCCAAUCUGGCAAUGCCAUAGUAACUAAUUGCAUGAGCACGUUACAAACAGAGGCUAUAAUACGUAGCAAACUCUAUGAUCAGACACAGAUCUACUACUAUAUAGCACUGCUGAAACUCAGCAGAAGAAACCACACGUGGUUUGGGGAACCUGAGCUGCAAAGGGGAAAAAAACUUGCUGAAUAGUCUAGGAGUCAGUGCUGUCAUUCUCUAGCUCUGAUAUCAGUUCCUGGAACUUGUAGACAAACCAAGAG